AUGUUCUUCCACCACAUAGUGCUGUUCCUGGCAAGACUAGCCUCUUUCCUCAACGACAACGGCGUCGAGAGUGUGGCGUGGUCGUACAGGCGGCCUGACGAGGAAGGCCGGCCCCAGUGGGAGGGCUACUGUGUAGAUCUGCUGGAACAGCUGGCGGCCAGCAUGAGCUUCCACUACGAGCUGGUGGUGGCCGAGGGUGGUCCCGGAGCCAGGCGGCCCGAUGGAACCUGGGACGGCGUGCUGGGUGACCUCGUCGAUGGGAAAACGGACAUCAUUAUUGCACCAUUGAGUGUUACCUCUGAGAGGGAAGACGUUAUCGACUUCGUAACGCCCUAUUUCGAAAAGUCUGGAAUUUCUAUAGUGAUCAGGAAGCCAGCACGCAAGACAUCGCUGUUCAAGUUCAUGACGGUUCUGAAACUGGAAGUGUGGCUGAGCAUCUUGGCCUCCUUGGCGAUAACUUCUCUAAUGUUAUGGCUGCUAGACCGGUGCUCUCCCUACAGUUACCGCAACAACAAAGCCAGGCUCCCUCGCCCAUGCAGGGACUUCACUCUGACCGAGAGUCUUUGGUUUGCCAUGACAUCCAUCACGCCUCAAGGGGGCGGCGAGGCGCCCAGGGCCUUGUCUGGCAGGACGCUUGUUGCGGCGUACUGGCUGUUCGUGGUGCUCGUGCUGGCGACAUUCACAGCCAACCUGGCAGCCUUUCUCACUGUCGAGCGCAUGGAGUCGCCUGUGUCGUCCUUGGAGCAGCUCGGGCGCCAGUCGAGAAUAAGCUACACCGUCGUGAACAACUCCGACACGCACGAGUACUUCAGGAACAUGAAGAAUGCUGAAUAUAUCCUGCAUAAUGUAUGGAAGGAGAUGGCACUGAAUGCUUCAAGCAACCCGUCACAGUACCGUGUUUGGGACUACCCUAUUAAGGAGCAGUAUGAGAACAUUCUCCUAGCGAUCACAGAAACUGGUCCUGUGGAGAAUGAAACUGUAGGUUUCCAAAAGGUGCUUGAUGACGAAGAAAGCGAAUUCGCUUUCAUCCACGACUCGGCGCGCAUCCGACACGAGGUUACCUUGAACUGCCUCCUCGCCGAGGUGGGGGACGUGUUCGCGGAGCGAGAGCUGGCCAUCGCGGUGCAGCAGGGCAGCCACCUGUACGCCGAGAUCAGCGGCAGGAUACUGGAGUUGCAAAAAAACCUUUAUUUCGAAGGCUUGACAGAGAAGUAUUGGAAUUCAACCAAGAAACGAUCUUGUUCCAAUAAUAAUCAAAGUGAAGGAAUCACUCUUGAAUCACUUGGUGGCAUAUUCAUCGCUAUGGUGUUUGGACUAGUGCUUGCAAUGAUUACACUAAGUGGGGAGAUCUUCUAUUAUCAAAAAAGACACAACAGUGAAGUAACAACACUCAAAACAAACUUCCGUGACAAUUCAACAAGUAAAAAUGACAUUCUAAAAAUGGAAUUUCCGACCAAAACAAUUCACGGCAACCAACAAGCAUUCCACAUUUCAGUGUUUCCUAAGAAUCAUUUUUACUGAGGUUACCUAUCAGCAGCAGUUGCUGUGUGACGUAGGGUUGCUACUCCCUUUUCUUUCUCACCUAUUUAACAAAAUUAUUUGUUAUUUUAACAGCUCCAGUUUAAUUAUGUUAAUACCUUAUUUGGUUAUUUAAUUUAUAUAAGUUCAAUUUAUAUAAUCAAUAUACCCGUGGUCUACUGGUAUACUACAAGUCAAAAUAUUGUCUGUAUUUAAAAUUAUUUUUUUUAUUAGGUACCUAAAAAUUAUAGAAAUAAAAAACACACAAGUUCAA